AACCUUAAUGGGGUAACAGAGGGAGGGAUUGCGGCUGGGAGGAAACUAUAGAGAUUUAGGUUGCAGUGAGGUCUGUUAUAGAAUGGGGUGGUGGGGUCACAGAGAGAUCACACUGGCUUAUGGGAUUUCAAUCUGUAAACUCCACAAAAGCAUAUAUGCACAGCCAUGUUUUGGUUUUGGUUUUGCUUUUUAAGCUGAGCUCAGGAAGAGGAAUUCUGUCUAAAAUAUUCGUUCUUCUUUUUCCUGCACUUCCCGCUGAUGCCUUUCCCCGUCCUAUUUUAUUCAGUCUGUAAUAAAUGCAAUGUGGGGACUCUUAGAAUAGCAACUCAUGUCCUGUUCUGUGUUAGAAAGGAAUAUCUUCCCCCUCCACCACAUUGAUUACAUGACCACAAGGAGUGGCCUAAAUGUAUUUUAAGGAUGCAUAAUUAUCCCCCAGUUCUUCUUCAGCAGCUGCUGGGAAGUGAAGCAGGUGAAUUAGCUGCAGAAGAAAGGCAUUGAUGUACCAGCUAGUGGAUUCCCUGUGCCGUCAUAGUCUCACUUGGCAUAGAAAUGGGGAGCAAAAACGGAAAGUCAGGUGCUGGGAGUUAUCAACAAUGGGAGAAGACAUUCAGCUUCUUCCGGGUCACACUAAGGCCUGCCUGGCUUGGGGGUUGUGCGGUUGCCGACCUUGCGGACUGAAGCGGAGCAAGCGAGCCAGUCACGGUCCAUCCGCUGGGCAGACAUGGUGUCCUACUGGAGGCAAGCCAGGCUCAGCUACAUCCAGUAUUCCCAGAUCUGCGCCCAGGCUGUGAGAGCAGCGCUGAAACCACAGUUUAAAGCGGAGGCAGAGAAAACGGCAGAAGCAAACGUGAAAAUAGUGAGAAUCAAAAAGGAAUGACGUGCAAGACUUGAUUUAUAAGAGGCAAAAUGAAGACUCAUGAGUGUGCUUGUACGCAACAUAACUGCUUCCUGCUCUGUGAAGGCUCGCGGUAUAUGUGUAAAAUCACUAUGCCAAUAAACAGAAUAUGUUG